GCAGAAAAGUGAAAAUUAAAAAAUAUUUUCAAUAGUCAAUGGCAGAAAUUUACCGUUCACCGUUACGGUCUUUUCAACAACAUGUGUUACUCUCCACAUUCAUCAGUUAUACAAUACUCUUAAAUCUCUUAACAACAACAACAGUUGCCAUCAGUAAUCAUCAUUGCAGCGCGAACCAAUUUCCUUGCAAUGACGGAAACUGCAUCUUACUGGAGAAGAUGUGUGAUGGAGUUCACGAUUGUGCAGACAAUUCGGAUGAGUUGGAUUGCGAUUAUAGAAAGUGUCGCAAACCGAAUUGGUUUUCGUGCGCACAACCUCAUGGUCCUUGUCUAAACGCUACACUGGUUUGCAAUGGUAUUGAAAAUUGUCCUAGCGGAGAAGACGAAAGCGAUUGUGAGGGUACUGCACGCAAUGGUAAAAAAUGGUUUAUCACAAAGCGCGACUGUUCUGCCUAUGAGUAUAUGUGUCAAAGUGAUAAAUCCUGUAUACCUUUGGACUUCAUGUGUGAUGGAAAAGUUGAUUGUAAAGAUGGUUCGGAUGAAGAUGCUGGUUGCCUUAAAGCUAAAACCAGUUGUCCAGGAUUCUUUUGUCAUAACAAAAAGUGUUUAGAAACUGAUUCUUGGCGUUGUGAUGGCGUAGACGACUGUGGAGAUGGAAGUGAUGAACACAAUUGUCCCGCUUUUUGCAAGCCUGAACUUGGUAAAUUUCUUUGUCAUGACAAUACAACUUGCUUAGAUUUAACAAAAGUGUGUGAUAAAUCUCCUGACUGUACUGAUAAGAGCGAUGAAUCUGCAAAGUGCACAGUAGAAAAAUGUACUGAUAAAACAUGUCCACCUGGUGCAAAAUGUGUUUUGUUACCAACAGGUGCUACAUGUGUAUGUCCAAAAGGCUAUCGACUUUCUGCAAUAGAAAAUGCUUGUACCGAUAUCAAUGAAUGUCUGGAGAGCUAUGGUAUAUGUAGUCAGAGCUGUGAAAAUAAACCCGGUAGUUUUAAGUGUAAAUGUGAUGAUGGUUAUACGCUAAACUCGGAUAACAGAACCUGCGAAGCACUUGGUGAAGAUGCCAUACUCAUGUACACAACUCAAGUAACUAUAAUGAGUGUACAUCUACGGUCGAAACAUGUUUACCCAAUUGCAGUUAAUUUAACAAAAGUAAUUGGAGUUUCAUAUGAUGGCACUAGUAUUUAUUGGACGAAUAUACAAAAAGAAACUGAAAGCAUUGUUAAGGCAGAAACUGAUGGUUCUGAAGCAGAAAUAUUGCUAACUUCUGGUUUAGAUGCACCAGAGGAUUUAGCAGUAGACUGGUUAACAGACAAUAUAUACUUCUCCGAUAAUGUUAUGCGACAUAUAGCUGUAUGCUCUAACAAUGGCAUAUAUUGCAUUGUAUUGAUAACCCUUGAUGUUCAUCAACCUCGUGGUAUUGCAUUAUGGCCACAACGUGGACAAAUGUUUUGGACUGAUUGGGGUAAUAAACCAAUGAUAGCACGUGCUUCAAUGGAUGGUAGUAAUUCUAAGUCAAUAAUUGUCGAUAACAUACAUUGGCCAAAUAGCAUUGCUAUUGACAUGCACAAUGAUCGCAUUUAUUGGGUAGAUGCAAAAUCUGCAACUAUCGAAACAGCACGACCAGAUGGUACUGAAAGACGAUUAGUUCUACAGGGUAUAUUGAAGCAUCCAUAUGGCUUAGCAUUAUUUGAAGAUAAUAUCUACUGGUCAGAUUGGUCUACCAAAAGCAUUCACACUUGCAAUAAAUUCACUGGAAAAAAUCAUAAAAUUGUUACAAAGGAUCGCACUAUGUAUGCUGUACAUAUAUAUCAUUCGGCAAAGCAACCUAAAAUGAAUCACGCUUGUAUGGAUACACGCUGCUCUCAUUUAUGCUUAUUGGCUGAGAAUAACAGUUCCACUUGUGCUUGCCCUGAUGGCAUGAUACUCUCUCCAAAUAAACUUCAAUGCAUAAAAAUGCAUAAGAAACAACGUUUGUUCAUAGGUCUUAAAAAUAUUCUUUUGGAAAUGGAGCAUACCAAUUUUGGGCGUCAUGUAAUUUCGAGCACUUAUACAUUGCCGUUGUAUGUAAAUGAAAUGACCUACAAUACUGUGAACGAAACGAUUAUCUUGGUUGAUAAUAUGCAGCGCGCUGUAUAUGAGUACGACAUAAAGCAAAAACGUACUACUCCAUUAGUUCGUGGCAAUAUAGGCAAUAUUACUGGCAUUGCUUUUGAUCACUUAUCGCAUUGUCUCUACUGGACUGAUUCAGAGCGACAUGUUGUGGAGGUAUUCUCUUUAAGGACAAGACAACGUGCGAUCGUCAGUUUCUUCUCUGGUGUUGAUGUACCUAUUGGGAUCUCCAUUAUACCGGAGGAUGGCAUUAUGUUUGUUGCACUUCAUUCACGUCAAAAUAUACACCUCGAUCAAAUAUCACUCACUGGAAGAGGAGAACACACACAUGUCUUUGAAAAUGAAAUGGGCUAUGAUGGAGUUAAAUUUUUAGCUGAUUAUGACACAAAAACUCUUUACUGGACGGACAGUGAUUUAGGACGUAUAUCAUUUUCCGAUUAUCGUAGCCUACAUGCUUACACUUUUCGUGGACGCUUAAAAGAACCCUAUUCGAUGGCUAUCGUUGAUGAUGAUCUCUUUUGGACACAGCUAAGAUCUUCUUCUAUAUAUUGGACACAUAAGAGUAAUAUGGGUCCAUUAAAAAGAGUUGAAAUUGAAAUAUCAAAGGAAUAUGGACAUACGCUGCCAGCACAAAUACCACUACUAUCUACCACUACAUUAGUUGUAGAUCAUCCCUGUCAGCACUCAAAUGGGGGUUGCUCACAUAUUUGUGUCACUGACAGCAAGUUUUCUGCUGCUUGUCUGUGCCCAACGGGUUUGGUAUACAAAGACGGUGAAAACAAGACCUGUAUUGAGGCUUUAGAUUGUGAAUUUCGUUGUGCUAGUGGACAAUGCUUAACACAAUCCAGACGUUGUAAUGGACAUAAAGAUUGUCCUGAUGGAUCUGAUGAAAAAGAUUGUGACGCGAAAAAAUCACAUCAUAAAGUAAUAUGUCCCGUUGGCGAUUUUAUGUGUUAUGAUGCUGAACAAUGUGUACCAGCAAAGGAACGAUGCGAUAAUAAACAGCAUUGUAGAGACGGUUCUGAUGAGAUGCAUUGUGAAAAUUUCGAUAAAACCAGAAAUUGUCAUAUUCAUCAGCAUGUCUGUGAUAAUGGACACUGUGUUGACAUGAGUUCAAUGUGUGAUGGUAUUAAUGACUGUGGUGAUAAUUCGGAUGAAAAGGAUUGCAGAAUGCCGGGUACUAAGGAAACAGCACGUAUUGUUUGUGGUAAAAGUAUGUUUCAAUGCAACACCGGUAGCUGCAUUGCAAAAAGUUGGGAGUGUGAUGGCAAAAUAGAUUGUACUGAUGGUUCCGAUGAACAUGAAAAGUGUGAUUUAAAAGAAUGUCCAAAGAAUAUGCACAAAUGUCACCUCGGUCAAUGCUUAGAUAAGAAAUUAGUCUGUGAUGGUCAUAACGAUUGCGGCGAUAAUUCAGAUGAAUUAAAUUGUGAUAUUAACACAGGAAAGAAACGUAAUUAUUCCUGUGGAGAUGAACACCAUAAAAUGUAUCAAUGUCCUAGUGACAUUUCCAUUUGUUUGGAGCUCUCCGCCAAAUGUAAUGGUACCGCUGAGUGCCCACGCGGUGAAGAUGAAAUGGAUUGUGGCGCCAUCUGUAGUAUCUAUGAAUUUCAAUGCCAAACCAGCAAGGAAUGCAUACGCUUAGAAUUUAAAUGUGAUCAUGAAAAAGAUUGUGCUGAUGGUUCUGAUGAACUGAAUUGUGCUCAUACGGUCAAUGCAACGUUUCACCACACAAAUGAACGUCCGUGUGAAGCACAUAUGUAUGAUUGCAAGGACGGGCAAUGUGUGGACUUAACAAGAGUUUGUGAUGGCUUUGAUGACUGUGAUACGGGCGCAGAUGAGGGUCCACUUUGUAAAACUGCUUGUAAGAAUUCCAAGUGUUCACAUAAGUGCCGACCUACUCCAUCAGGCGCAGUAUGUUCAUGUUUUAAUGGUUAUACUUUGGAUAGCGAUAAGCGUUCGUGUUUAGAUAUAAAUGAAUGUAUGGACAAUGAGCCGUGCUCACAAAUAUGCGAAAAUACGUUUGGUUCCUAUCGUUGCAGCUGUUUUCCAGAUUUUAUGCUACGCACUGAUAAAACGACAUGCAAGUCUAUAGAAAGUGAAUCACUUUUAUUUUUCACAUCAUACAAUGAUGUGCGCAGUAUGUCAGAACAACCAAUUACUCUGAAUGUUGUCUGGUCUGCUAAUGACUCCAAAAUAAAUGGUUUUGAUAUAAAUGUAAGAAAGCGCAUAGCUUAUUUUACUGCUGACGAUGUACUAUACAUGGUGAAUAUUAGUGGUGAAGCUAUUGUUCAGGGUAGCAUGUCUGUUCAAAUGCCCUCAAAAGUAGCUGUCGAUUGGAUAACAGAUAACGUCUACGUUAUAAGUCGCGUUCAAACUUAUCAAAUCGAAAUCUGUUCUUUUAAAGACAAAAUGUGUGGCAAAAUAGUGCAAGCCACUGCCAGAGAAACCAUCAAGGCACUAACCGUCGAUGCCUUCAACCGUAAACUUUUCUUUGUCACUAUACGUGCUCAAACGUUUAAUCAACCGAAUUCACAAAUAUCACUGGCUAAUCUUGAUGGUCAAAGACGAGAACUGUUCUACCAUAAGAGAGGCGGAUAUAUAACUGCUUUAGCAACGGAUCCACACAAACAAUUUUUAUACUUCACAGACUCGCACUCAAAAACUAUACAUGGUAUUAGUUUUAAAGAAGGAUCAACACGCACUCCUCUUACUAUCAUACAAAAAACAAAUGUAGUGACACAUCCUUCAGGACUUUCAAUUUAUGAAAAUCAAGCUUUCGUAGUGAAUAUUGGAGCCAAAGAAGCAGUACGUUGUCAACUCUUUGGUGCACGUAAGUGUAGAGCUUUCAAUCUCAACAUACUCAAUGCGGAAGAUAUUGUUGUGGAUGGUGUUUCACGUCAACCAGUCACAACUAAUCCAUGUGACAUGGCCAAAUGUUCGGGCAUGUGUGUUCAAGCAGAAUUUGGUUAUGAAUGUAUGUGUGGUGGUGUUAUUGUAACGGAGAAUGCUAUAUGUGGCAAAAAUGACUAUAAUGAAAUGGUAGCUGCAGCCAAUCCGUCAAAUGAUUCAAGUGGUUCACAUACUGGUGCAAUUGUAUGCAUAAUUUUGUUGAUCUUAGCAGUUCUUGGAGCUGGCGUUGGGUAUUUUAUUUAUCGACGUGUUAAACUAGGUCAUCGAGAUUUCAAUAUCAACCUGCAUUUCCAGAAUCCGCUUUCAUCGUUCAGUUCUAAAUCCAGAUCAGCGCAAACAGCAGGCACCAACUUCGAAGCACAACACCAGAAUAUGUCAUUCAAUAAUCCGCUGCAAAGAUUAUUGCGUAGCACGGUUCCAGCAACUACGAUGGAAAUGCAGCUCGAAGCAACAAGACAAAAUGAAGUACAUAAAGUAUCACAAGGAGAACGAAUGCCAAGUAUCAUGGUUGAGGACGAUGCCGAUAUUGAUACCGCCAGAACAAAUGGAUAUUUUAGUGAUGAUGCGACAGUCAGACUUGUACCCUAAAUAAUUAUUUGUUGAAUAUUUUGUUAUAAUAAUUAUUUUUAUUGUAAAUAUUUUUAUGUAGUUUAUU